AUGGCUCUGGCACUUAGUAAUAAAUUCAUUUAUUCAUUCUGCAGGAUCCAUGUUGACUUCGUCAAAGGUCCAGAUAUCGCCUUUCAUUUCAACCCUCGAUUUAAUGAGCAAACCGUUGUUAGAAACUCCAAUUUAGGUGGAUGUUGGGGGCCAGAGGAGCGGGAUGGAGGCUUCCCAUUUGUUCGAGGACAACGUUUUGAGCUGAAGAUCCGUGUGGAGAGUCACGCGUUUAAAGUGUCAGUGGACGGCAACCACCUGCUGGAGUACAAACACAGAGUCAAAGAGCUGGAGAAAGUGACCAUGCUGCAUGUGUUCAGAGACGUCUUCAUCAGUAGUGUAGACCUGAGAAUGACCUGAAUCCCAGAGCUUGUACAUCGCAUAGUACACAGAAACCCUAGUUCCAACUUUACCACUGUAAUUCAAUAUUUGAAAUCCCUUCAAAUACUUUGAUGCUUUUGAUGGAAUUUGCAAGGAACAAAAGUUAAUGAAGUGUAAUCUUUGUCCACAUGGCACGUCAUCAUUCAUUACAGAACAGAUGACAGGUUUAGCCAGGUCUGCACCUUGUAAUCCUUUUCUGUUUUUCACUGGAUGACAUCUUUAUUUUAUAUACACUCACAAUCCAGUAUAUUUAAUGACAUAGUUUAAGUGAAGUGCAUCUAAAAGAUGUUUUAAGGAAAUAUUAAUAUAAUACUAAUAGUAGUCCUAAUGAAAAAUUUGUAGGCCAGGUGGUAAAGUGCGAUGUGUCCCAAACAUUUCUUUUAUUUCCAGCUUGAGUGCUGUAUUUUUGUUUACAGUACAUGUAUGUUUAUUACUCUGUCCUUGAUAAGCCUUCAUAAUGCAUGAGUGUGAUGCUGAAAAUCAGUUGAUCUCCCUUCCACUAUCUUCUGCUGGCUGAUCCUCGAGGACUCACUAACCUGUAAACAAUAGGCUAAAGGAGUUUUCUGAAAUGUGUUUAAAUCCUUUCUUCAGUAUUAACCCUCAUGAGCUCCUGGACUGGAGGGUCAGGUAAUGGUGUACGUAUUAUGAUUUCAUGUUGAAGUCAAAUCUGGUGGUAAAAAAAAACAAAACGGGUCUGAAUUAGAGUAAAAUGUUGUAAUGGGGAGGGACAGGGUCUCCAACUUGUUGCCAAAAGUAACAGUGGUACAGUACUUUGUAUGCUUAUAAAUAAAGGGGCAACAAACAAAAAUGAGAGCUAUUGUACACUUUUCAUGAGCUGCUUGCCUGUACACACAAUAAAUGCUAGGUCCCCUGCUAGCAUUUACUCUACCCAAAAAUGACAAAUGACAGUAAAAUCAAGUGAA